UGGUUCAGUUUCUGGGGACAGUAUUUACGAGCGGACUGACCGGUGCGAGGAGUCAUUGAGCGAUUAUUCGCAUAUUAACGUUAAAAUCACGUUAAUAUUUUCAGUAUAUAGUUACAUAAACCAAAUUAAAAUGACUUGUACUUGUAGACACGGAAUGGACACUUGAUAUUAAAGUAACGAGUUUAUAUUUGCGACAGUAUGGCGGCGCCCGUUGCUGUGCUCUCCUCUUCAAACUGACCAGUAUUUUGGAAACCAAUCAGUAUUCAGAGACAAUGUUGCUAACAGCUCGCCGCCUGUCCAAAGUGCUGCAGCUCACCCUGGCGGUCAUCAAACCAGAUGCUGUAGCUCAUCCUGUGAUGUUAGAGGCUCUUCACCAGAGAAUCCUGGACAACAGCUUUGUGAUUGUUAGAUGCAAAGAUCUCGUGUGGAGGAGACAGGACUCUGAGAGGUUUUACGCUGAACAUUCAGGGCGAUUCUUCUACCAAAGACUUGUUGAAUUCAUGUCAAGUGGUCCGAUGCGAGCGUACGUUUUAGCCAGAGAGGACGCUAUACGUCACUGGAGAGAACUGAUGGGGCCGACCAAAGUGUUCAGAGCCAGAUACACCUCACCUGCUUCCAUCAGGGCCCAGUUUGGACUCACAGACACACGAAACACGACUCAUGGCUCAGAUUCUUUUGAGUCGGCACAAAGAGAAAUCCAUUUCUUCUUCCCAGACUUCUGCGCGGAAGAGUGGAUGGAGAAGGAAGAGCCGUCGUUCAGAUCAGGACAAAUACAUUACGACCAUCAAAAACAGAUCCACACACUUUCAACACAAAGCUGACCCCAGAACUGUUUUUACAGUCACUGAUCCCCAUGUACCUCUUGCAAACUCUGCAAUUGGUCAUCAAUUGCUCAUACAAAAAUGCAAGCUACCAGAGAAGAUGCUACAAUGCUACAUGCUAUCUAUAAUGUAUACUGCAUGAUGAUCCUGGAAAAGUGCAUGUUUAAUGUGUUUUAUUUGUCAGCACAGUUCCUCAGUGUCGAAAUGUUUAUCCUGUGUUUCUGUCAUUAAAACGGAUAUACAGCUUGUA